AUGAAGAAAUCUCGUGGCAGUAGCAACUCCGGUUUACGAAGUCCAGAGCCAGGGUUGGAGCAAAAAGCUUCAUCCUCGAAGGCUCCCACACAAAAGCCACAACCGAAUGUGAUGAUGCGAAUCCAUUAUGCAUCUAGGAAUACUUCAGGAUACAUUACGGAGCAAACGAAAGAGAGUAUUCUGAGAGUAGCGGUACCCAUGAAUGAGAAAUUCAAUAUCACUGGUGUUCUGAUUUGCGUGAAGGAUAUGUUCUUUCAAAUCAUUGAGGGCCCUAAACAACACCUUGAAAUGUUGUUUGAAAAUAUCAUGAGAGACCCUCGCCAUUGUAAUAUUACUAAAUUGGAUUCAACAUUAUUUCAAGAUGAGGCAGAAAGAAUGUUUCCUGCUUGGUACAUGAAACAAUUGGAUGGAAUGUCAUGGUCCUCGGACGAUCUCACGAGUCGAGCUGGUAAAUUUAAAGUUCAGGAUGCAUACUGUGCUUUGAAAAACAUGAUCGCUACAGUGCUCGCCUCAGAGUAUUUAAAACAAGCAAGCAGUUAUAAUAUUUCCAUGUCCAAAGAGGAUGCAUAUUAUGUCAUGAUGGUCGAUUUCAUGCACUAUAAAAAGUUUCUGUACCAUUUACAUCAAAUUGAGGGAGGUUACCAAUUACUUGUGAAAUUUGUAGGGAACAUGUUAGAGAUGAUCAAAAGGCAUGAUGGGAAACAUAUAAUGCUCAUGGAAUCGUCCAUAUUGAUUCUCUUUGAGAAAGAUAUCCCAGACCAUGCCCUCUCAGUGGCCGUUAAACUGUUGGAGAACUUGGACUCUUUCAGAAAGAAUGUGAAUAGAGAAGAAAUGGAAGCAUUCUAUUGCAACAUUGGAAUCACCAAAGCCUUAUUGAAUUACAAGAAAUUGACCUCACUCAACAACUGUAUUUCUAAAGUAUCGAGACUUCAGAAUGCUGCAGAUAGCUGUGCUUACUGUGUUGUUUUCGAUGAGUGUGUUUUUGACAGUGUUGGGCUUAAUAGUGCUUGGAAGUCACAAAAUUUACUUAAGAAGAUUGUUACCGAAGAAGAGGAAGUAGCUUUCACCAUAGUGAACGACAAGAACAUAAAAGUAUCAAAAGAGGAAAUGAUGGAGCUAUUAAAUAGAUUACAUUAA